AUGCUGAACCGAGACGGGUUUAGCCUGAUGCACUUGGCUUCCAUGAACGGUGGAACCGAGCUAGUGCUUCGACUGUUGAAGAUCGAUAAAGACCUCGGCCGUGUCAAAGGAAGGGAAGGGAUGACUCCUUUCCAUUACGUAGUUGCAACCAGGAACUCGAGGCUUUUAGUCGAGUUUCUUGAAGCUUGCCCCUGCUGCAUCGAAGAUGUGACGGUUCGAGAUGAGACUGCUUUACAUCGUGCUUUGACCAAAGACCAGAUCGAAGCUUUUAACCUCCUAAUCGGAUGGCUUCAAAGGACCCAUCAUACUCAUGGUAGUAUCUUCGCCUUCAAAAGGAAAUUGGUGGACCGGAAAGACAACGAUAACAACAAUGUGUUGCACAUUGCGGCUAUGAAUAGACAACAUGAGGCAUUAAAACUGUUGUUAGAGUCCCAUCGUUGGUUAGACGUAAAAGCUAAAGAACUCGGAAGGUUUGACGGUUCAAACGAGAAGGGGUGA